UGGCGUGAGAAAGGAGAAGUGAGCAGGAGAGAGAAAAUAUCAGGCAGUGUACAGUUAGGUCUUUCAGUCUUUCUGGUUAUUGCUGGAUUUUAAAGGCUCUUGGGCUUUUCACAUUUGCUGGAUGUAAUUGAAAGACGCAGGAAGACCUGGCCACUAGCCAUGGGUUCAAGUUCAACACUGGCAAGCCUUGUGUUUUUCCUUGGGUUGUGUGGAAUCUGUAGCGGAUUUGAACAGGAGAACUGUACUGACUACAGACUCCAGUUUGAGAGGGUUUUCUCUGUUCCUGGAGAUGUGGCUAUGCUGAGAAGCACACUGGUCUCCUCAGACGUCUUUGACUUCAAAGCUGUCCCGUACAACAUCACGUGGUACAACUCGGUGUCAGGCCAAGAAAUCACCAAUCAGACUGGUCACAUCCUGGUGCACAAGGAGACUCUGUGGAUUCUAAAUGCAACCAUGAAUGACAGUGGGGAUUAUGUGACCAUACUGAGGACUCCUUCCCACUGCUAUAGGCAGGCCAGCCGACUGGUGGUGGAGGAAAAACUUCCAGGAGAAUGUGGAAGGCCGAGGAAAGCUUAUCAGCCACUUACAAAAGGAGUCACUGACAACCUGAGCUGCCCUCUAAAGAACGAAAUGAAUAAGCUGAACAGCUACAACAUCCCUUCCUCCAUCAAGUGGUACAGAGGUUGUGACCCCAUAGAGGACGGGACAGGCGGCUUUUACUAUUGGGGCACCAGACUGAAAAUUACCAGUGUGGACCUUCAACACAAAGGCACCUAUACCUGUACUCUGACAUUCACCCUGGGUGGAAUCAAAGGAUCCGUGUCAGAGACUAUUAGCGCAGAGGUCAAAGGGGAUUACUCUUUGGUUCCACAAGUGCAUGAACCCUCCAAUGAUGUAAUCAAAGCACAGAGAGGGUACAACUUCAGUAAAAGGUGCCUGGUGUUUGUGCCGGGUGUUGGGAAGCCGUUCGUUGAUAUUUAUUGGUUGGACAAAGAUGGAUUCUUUGAGACUAACACCUCUCACCGUGUCCACAUGUUAGAACAGCGUUUGCUGCCCCAAAACGGCUCCAGUAAAGGUGCGUGGUUAGAGAGCUGGCUGAUAUUUUCUGAGCUAAGGGAGGAGGACUUCUACGUCAACUACACCUGCCGCGCGUACAGUGACAGGGGCUUUCCUGAAAGAUAUUUCAGUCUGCAAGCAGAAGAUCCAAGUGGCAUAGCUAUCGGAUCUGUGCUUGGUGGUAUGAUGGUUCUGUUUAUCAUCACCGUCACCCUGUACUACCUUUUUAAGACUGAAAUAGUGCUGUGGUUCAGGAGAGCAUUUCCAGUCUUUUACAAAAAUAAAGACUUGGAUGGGAAGCUUUACGAUGCCUAUGUGGCAUACCCACAGCCCUGUGACCUCGGAUUCAGCAAGGAUGUGGAAACAUUUGCCCUUCAAACACUCCCUCAUGUGUUGGAAAGGGCCUGCGACUACAAACUCUUCAUAGCAGGCCGCGACUGCCUGCCUGGGCAAGCUAUGGUGGACUCUGUUGAAGAAAACAUACAAGCCAGCCGCCGUGUCCUCCUUCUCUACACUGCUUCCUCUUUUACCACCAAAAGACAUACAAGCAGCACCAGCAGUAAUAAUAACAACAUUUCUAAGAGCAGUGAAUGCAGCGAUGAAAGUCAAAGAAAUGCCAGUGACAGCUUUAGCAUUACAAGCUCUGAUGUCGGUGAUAAAGUCUGUACAGACACAAGGCAGCAGCUGGAGUGUGUGGCAGCAAUGCACCGAGUGCUGAUCGAGGGCUCCCUCAAGGUGGUUCUGGUUGAGCUGGAAGAGAUCACGCCAGCUCAACUGGCUCUAUUUCCAGAGUCAGUGCGUCAUCUGAGGAAGAAGCAGGGUGCUGUGUGUUGGUGGAAGAACCAGAGGACGAGGCAAAGGUGGAAGACGUGCAUGAGUGGAGCUGAUGUAGAAAAAACUGGAACAGACUCACAGCUGUCAACAUCCCUCUCCCCUUCCUCUAGGUUUUGGAAGGAACUGAGGUAUCACAUGCCUGUCCGGGGCAAGAGGGUAGUGUAUCCUGAAACAAUAGCCUUUCUGUAAUUCUGAUGGCGAUCUGUGUUUGUCAGAUAUUGAACCAGAGAGUACCUGGUUUCUAAUGUAAAUGUGGCAGGUGCAUUUACUCACUCACAGAUAGAUCGUGGGCACUGUUAUCAGAAGCAGUGACACCAAGACCCCGAGUCAAGUUUACAGCACAGGCAACUCCAAAUGUUCUCUCAGCAGAGAUGUCACCUUUACCUUCUGUGGAACGUUUCAAGUCACACAUUGCAAUGAGUUUAAAAAAGUGUAAGAAAUGUGGAUAGUAUUGGCUAAAGAUGACAGCUGGUCAUGGACAGAUCAUUGCAGUGUCUGAAUUGUCCACAGUUUGUAUGUGAACUGUUGACAAUCAGUAACAGAAGGUGCCUGAAAAAUAAUGCAGAUGAAAAAGGCUUGAAUGGUCAUACAGUUAUUUUAUUACCACAAUCCUCAACACCCCAGCUGACACUGGCCGAUAGGCAUAUCAGGAAAUGUACAUAUGUAUGAUUAAACUUGUAAAUAUGUAGAAAAAAUGUAUAAAUUAACAUGUAAAAACUGUAAAGAGGAACAACCAGAAAAGUAUACAUUCAUGAUGAUUUUUUUAAAUUUAUGUAUAAUAUUUGUAAAAACAGCAUCAUGAAAUGAGGCUGCAUAAAAAUCUAGGUUAAAAUGUAUGCGCUAACAUUUUUAAUCAAUGAUUUUUUUUACUUAUGAUUCUGGGAAAUUGUAAAUAUUCUCUGUUUUCCAUUUGAAUUUUGUUUUAAA